UUCUCAAUAUCAUUUUCUACUUCCACGCCCAUUAUUAAUUAUUAAUGUAUCCAAAUUAAAGCUACUUUUCUUCACUCUUCUCCCUUUUUUUGUGUAUUUGAAGGUUGAUUUGAGAGAGCUAGAGAGAACCAAGAAAAUAGAAGAUGAAGGACUGGGCAGCACCGAUAAUCGCAACAGCGUUAUUUGGAUUUCUAUGUCCAGGACUAAUAUUUCAAAUGCCAGGGAAGCAUAGGCCAGUUGAUUUCAUGAAUAUGAAGACCAGUAUUGUCUCUAUGUUGCUUCAUACUCUCUUCUUUGGUUUGUUUCUUAUGCUUUUCCUAGUCAUUCUCAAUAUACAUCUCUAUGCUUAAUUAAUUAUUUACCUACCAAGAAACACACAUAUAAGUAUCCUAGUUAUAUUAUAAGGAGCUAAUCUGCAACAGCUGCUUUUGUAAGAUUUACUUUUGUAUUAUGAAUGCAGUUGAUUAAUUAAGUUUCAGUCUUACAUA